GUCAAUUUAAUUCAUUUCUUUUUUUACCACGCAAAUCAUAAUCCUGUUUCUAUUUGGAUAGAAUGACUAAAUACAGUUAAAUCAAUAUAAACAAGGCAACCAUAAAUGUAUUACAUUGAUAACAUUGAGAAAUGAAAGAAAGAGAAACAGGAAAAGGUUGUUUGAGAGACAGAAAAAAAAAUGAUAUAAAAAGGGCAUUAGAAAAUUCACCAAGUUCGUUUCUACAUCAAACCAAUUCCUUUCUUUUCUUUUUUAACACACAAGUAAAAUGAAGUUUACCUUAAUUUCUUCAUGUGUGGCCAUCGCCACCAUGGCACUCGCUGUCGAAGCUGCUCCUAACGGCAAGAAGCUCAGUAUUCCCUUGGCCAAGAACAAUGAUUUCAAGCCUAACGCUAAAAGAUCUCUCCUUAAGGCUCUUGCCAAGUACAACAAGACCCCCAAGGGCGGUGAAAUCUCUCCUCAAAGUACCGGUUCUGUUCCUGUUGUUGACGUUGGCAGUGACCUUGAAUACUACGGUGUUGUUACUGUUGGUACUCCUGGUGUCCAACUUAAGCUCGACUUUGAUACUGGUUCAUCUGACUUGUGGUUCGCUUCUACUUUAUGUUCCUCCUGCAGCAGCUCUCACACCAAAUAUAAUCCCAACAAGUCCAGCACUUACAAGGCUGAUGGUCGUCCCUGGUCCAUCUCUUAUGGUGAUGGUUCCUCUGCUAGCGGUGUCUUGGCCAAGGAUACUGUCAACCUCGGUGGUCUCGUUAUCAAGGACCAAACCAUUGGUUUAGCCAAGCGUGAAUCCAGCGCUUUCGCUGAAGAUGUCAUUGAUGGCCUCUUGGGUCUUGCUUUCAACAGCAUCACUACUGUCCGUGGUGUCAAGACUCCUGUUGACAACUUGAUUAGCCAAGGUCUCAUCAGUCGUCCCAUCUAUGGUGUCUACCUCGGUAAGGCCAAGAACGGUGGCGGUGGUGAAUACCUCUUUGGCGGUUACGACUCCACCAAGUUCAAGGGCCCCUUAACCACCGUUCCUAUUGACAAUUCUGAAGGUUUCUGGGGUGUUACUGUCAAGGGUACCAAGAUUGGUAGCAAGUCCAUCGGUGGAUCCUUCAGCGCCAUCCUUGACACCGGAACCACUCUCUUGCUCCUUCCUGAUAGCGUUGCUGCUAGCGUUGCUCGUACUUACGGUGCUACUGACAACGGUGAUGGUACUUACACUAUUACUUGUGAUUCCUCCAAGUUGCAACCUCUUAUCUUCACUCUUGGUUCUUCUACCUUCCAAGUCCCUGCCGAUUCCCUUAUUUACGAAAAGAGUGGUAGCAAGUGUAUUGCCGGCUUCGCUGCUGGUGGUGACCUUGCCAUCUUGGGUGAUGUCUUCUUAAAGAACAACUAUGUUGUCUUCAACCAACAAGUUCCCGAAGUUCAGAUCGCUCCUGUCGCUCACUAA